CUAAAACCAUCAUCCUUGGUAGUUGCUUUCUUUUGCUCAUUCUCAACCCUCUUUUUUCUCAUCAUGGGUGUCUACACAUUUGAGAACGAGUACACCUCUGAGAUUCCACCACCAAGAUUGUUCAAGGCCUUUGUCCUCGAUGCUGAUAACCUCAUCCCCAAGAUUGCACCCCAGGCAAUCAAGCAUGCUGAGAUCCUUGAAGGAGACGGUGGCCCUGGAACCAUCAAAAAGAUCACUUUUGGUGAAGGUAGCCAAUACGGCUACGUGAAGCACAAGAUCGACUCGGUUGACGAGGCAAACUACUCAUACGCCUACACUUUGAUUGAAGGAGAUGCUUUGACAGACACCAUUGAGAAGGUCUCUUACGAGACCAAGUUGGUGGCAUCUGGAAGUGGUUCCAUCAUCAAGAGUAUCAGCCACUACCACACCAAGGGUGAUGUUGAGAUCAAGGAAGAGCACGUCAAGGCUGGCAAAGAGAAGGCUCAUGGUUUGUUCAAGCUUAUUGAGAGCUACCUUAAGGGCCACCCCGACGCAUACAACUAAAUUAAUAUGUUUCUAUGGUAUUUUGGGUGUCACCCUUCAGUCGAAGGUUGUGUGGCUUUUCUUUGUAUGCUUUUUCUAGUCAGCCCAAAGUAGCCAUGGUUUUGGGCACUUUGGCUUUGAAAAAUAAGUUUAUGGUUGCGAUCAUCUUCUGGUUGCCCUUGAUGUAUUUGUUUGAAAAAAAAGUUGCAGACUGUAAGUGUAUUAUCUAUAAAUAUAAUGAAAUCAGUUAAUGUCUCACUUGCAACC